AGGAGGAGGAGGGAGCGAUAGGGGGAGCGUGGAGUGAGUGUGUGUGCAUAGGAAAGAGAGAGAGAAGAGAGGGGAGAGAGAGAGAGAGCGCGCGGUGUGUGUGUGUGUGUGUGUGUGUGGAAAAAGGAAGCGGAGCCUGUAAACGGCGAACUCACUGGUUUCCUACCCCUCGAAACAACUAACCAGCGCUGUUGUUACUUUUCAUGUGGACACUAUCAUCGGCAGCACCGACAACACGGCCAAAGGGAAUAGGAGCAGUUCCGAGGAGGAGGUUUCUUUUUGGGGGGGACUAGCAAACGUUAUAGUGCCUUUUUUGCUCGGUGAUUUCGGACGUGAACAGUCCAUCAGUAAAGUGAAACCGUCUUUUGUUGAAGCAAGUGCUCGCCUGAACCCCUCCGUGCGGACAGCGGGGUUAAAAAGAAACAACAAAAAAAUAGCCGGGGGCAAUACAAGAGGGGGAAAAAAACGUGUCCGUGUUCGUCUCGUUUUUUUGGUCCCGGUUCUUGGAUUUGGCCCAGCUGGCUUAAGUUCGGUGGGUCAUCCAGUGGGGGGAAAGGAUCCGCGUUUUCAACUUGUUUGCAGCGGUCUCUGGGACUCCAAGAAUCACCAGACUGGCGGCUUUUCUGAAACACUGGGGUUGUUGGUGUGGCCAAAUUUUCCCUGGAUUUGACUGGUAAAUUCAGAAGACUGAAGCCCAGGCUCACAGUCUACCUUUCACGGAGGCCCAGCCGUGAGAGGACUGAGGAAGGCACGUGGCGGAUCAUGACGGCCGACAAAGAGAAGGAGAGGGAGAAAGAGCGGGACAGAGACAGAGACAGGGACCGGGACAAGAGAGAGGCCGGCAAGUCCCGACGGCAGGACGGGGACCGGGGCGACCGUGAGAGUGAGAGCUCCAGGCCCCGACGCAGCUGUACGCUGGAGGGCGGGGCCAAGAACUAUGCAGAGAGCGAGCACAGCGAGGACGAGGACAAUGACAAUGGCAGCACAGGUGGAGGUAGCGGCACGGCCGAGGAGGCCGGCAAAAAGGGCAAGAAGAAGACGCCUAAGAAGAAGUCUCGCUACGAGCGAACAGAGAACGGAGAAAUCACGUCAUUCAUUACGGAAGACGAUGUUGUUUACAGACCCGGAGAUUGUGUGUACAUUGAAAGUCGGCGGCCCAACACUCCCUACUUCAUUUGUAGCAUUCAGGAUUUCAAGCUGAGUAAACGGGACCAUCUGCUGAUGAAUGUGAAAUGGUACUACCGCCAGUCAGAGGUGCCCGACUCUGUCUACCAGCACCUGGUGCAGGAUCGCAACAAUGAAAACGACUCUGGACGGGAGCUGGUUAUCACAGACCCGGUGGUCAGGAGUCGAGAACUCUUCAUCUCUGACUAUGUGGACACUUAUCAUGCUGCUGCUCUCAGGGGGAAAUGCAACAUUUCCCAUUUCUCCGACAUUUUUGCUGCCAGGGAGUUCAAAGCCCGCAUCGACUCCUUUUUCUAUAUCCUCGGAUAUAACCCAGAGACCAGGCGACUAAACAGCACACAAGGGGAAAUCCGAGUGGGACCCAGUCACCAAGCCAAGCUCCCAGAGCUGCAGCCUUUCCCCUCUCCUGGUGGCCAGGCCGUGACCGAGAAUGAGGAGCUGGUCUGGAUGCCAGGGGUCAAUGACUGUGAUCUUCUCAUGUACCUCAGAGCCGCAAGGAGCAUGGCUGCCUUUGCAGGGAUGUGUGACGGAGGCUCAACCGAAGACGGGUGUCUAGCAGCUUCUCGAGAUGACACUACAUUAAACGCACUUAACACUCUUCACGAGAGCAGCUAUGAUGCAGGAAAAGCUCUCCAGCGUCUGGUGAAGAAGCCUGUACCCAAACUGAUAGAGAAGUGCUGGUCUGAGGAUGAAGUGAAGCGCUUCAUUAAAGGGUUGAGACAGUUCGGCAAAAACUUCUUCAGGAUCCGGAAAGAGCUGCUGCCCAACAAAGAAACGGGAGAGCUAAUUACCUUCUACUACUACUGGAAGAAGACCCCCGAGGCAGCCAGUUGUCGAGCCCACCGCAGACACCGCCGCCAGCCCGUCUUCCGCCGCAUCAAGACACGAACCGCUUCAACUCCUGUCAACACUCCCUCACGCCCACCCUCAAGCGAGUUCUUGGACCUCAGCUCAGCCAGUGAAGAUGACUUCGACAGUGAAGACAGCGAACAGGAGCUGAAGGGCUACGCCUGCCGCCACUGUUUCACUACCACCUCCAAGGACUGGCACCACGGGGGCCGGGAGAACAUCUUGCUGUGCACAGACUGCCGCAUUCACUUCAAGAAGUACGGUGAGCUCCCCCCCAUCGAGAAACCUGUGGACCCGCCGCCAUUUAUGUUCAAACCUGUCAAAGAGGAAGAGGAUGGACUCAGCGGGAAGCAUAGCAUGAGGACCCGACGGAACCGAGGCUCGAUGUCGACGCUACGUAGUGGUCGUAAGAAGCAGACAGCCAGUCCCGAUGGCAGAGCCUCGCCUACCAACGAGGAUUUGCGAUCCAGCGGUCGUACCUCACCCAGUGCAGCAAGUACUGACAGCACUGACAGCAAGACAGACUCCAUGAAGAAGCCCAGCAAGAAGAUUAAAGAGGAGGCUCCUUCACCUAUGAAGAGUGCCAAACGGCAGCGAGAGAAGGGAGCCUCAGACACAGAGGAGCCCGAGAGGGCCAGCGCCAAAAAGUCCAAGACACAAGAGCUGAGUCGGCCAGACUCGCCCUCAGAAUGCGAGGGGGAAGGGGAAGGCGAGGGCGAGAGCUCUGAUGGGCGCAGCAUCAACGAGGAGCUCAGUAGCGAUCCAAAAGACAUUGACCAGGACAACCGGAGCUCCUCCCCAAGCAUCCCCAGCCCCCGUGACAAUGAGAGCGACUCAGACUCGUCUGCCCAGCAGCAGCAGCUCCUGCAGAGCCAGCACCCUCCAGUCAUCCAGUGUCAGCCAGGCACCUCAGCCACCUCCUCGGCACCCCCUCCGCCUACAACCUCAGCCCCCAUACUGGCCCCGCAGGUCUCCCCCUCAGCGGCCUCCACCUCUCUACCUCCCCAGCCUUUGCCCCAGGCAAGCCCGAUGUCUCUUAUCCAGUCAGGAUCGUCCCUCCACCCUCAAAGGCUUCCCUCUCCACAUUCACCUAUGACUCAGGCUCCGCCCCCUGGCCCCCCAAUCCCACCUCAAUCAUUACCGAGCUCGCAUCACGGGCCCAUGCCUCCCAUGUCACAUCCGCUGCAGCCUGGCCCCUCACACAUGCCUCACCCUCACUCAAUGCCCCCUCAGGGCUUCCCUGUGGGUCAGUCUCAGGUCCCACCCCUGCCACUCCCUGGCCAAUCACAGCAGAGGCCACACACGCCUCCUUCCCAGUCCCAGUCAUCUGCUCAGAGUGGAGGCCAGCCUCCCAGAGAACAGCCCCUUCCCCCUGCCCCAAUGUCCAUGCCUCACAUCAAGCCCCCGCCAACAACACCCAUCCCUCAGAUACCCAACCCACAGUCCCACAAACACCCACCACAUGUGUCAGCGCCUCCAUUCCCUCAGAUGCCUUCAAACCUGCCUCCACCUCCUGCCCUCAAGCCCCUCAGCUCUUUAGCCAGCCACCAUCCUCCAUCAGCACACCCACCUCCCCUCCAGCUCAUGCCUCAGGGGCAGCAGCUCCAGCCUCCCCCAGCCCAGCCUCCAGUUCUCACUCAGUCCCAGAGCCUCCCACCCUCAUCCAGUCACCAACCUCCUCCAGCUCCUCCUCUGCCACCCUCCGCAGCAGCCUCACAUCCCAACGGGCCACCGCAGCCGACAUUUUCGUCUCAUCCUUUCAAUACAGUUCUACCUCCAACUGGCCCUCCCCCAUCCUCAUCAAACUCUAUGCCUGGCAUACAGCCUGCAUCUUCUUCCACUCCAUCCUCCUCUAUCUCUAUGCCACUGCCUGCCUCGGUCACAUGUGCCGGCCCGGGCCCGGCACUCCCGCCUGUACACAUCAAAGAGGAGCCUCUGGACGAGACAGAAGAACCAGAGAGCCCUCCACCCCCACAGAGAAGCCCCUCCCCAGAGCCUACUGUCGUCAAUACGCCCAGUCAUGCCAGCCAGUCUGCACGGUUCUACAAGCACCUGGACCGGGGUUACAACUCGUGUGCAAGGACAGAUUUCUACUUCACUCCCCUGGCUUCAUCUAAACUGGCCAAGAAGCGAGAGGAAGCUCUGGAGAAAGCCAAGAGGGAAGCGGAACAGAAAGUAAGGGAAGAGAAGGAGAGAGAAAGGGAGAGGGAAAAAGAGCGAGAAAGAGAGCGGGAACGAGAGAAGGAAGCAGAGCGAGCUGCGAAAGCCUCCAGUUCCUCUCACGAUGGAAGAAUGAGUGAACCUCAGAUGGUUGGCCCUGCCCACAUGCGUCCACCCUACGACGGCCCCCCCACUACGAUUGCAGCUGUGCCUCCCUACAUUGGCCCCGACACGCCUGCCCUACGCACCCUCAGCGAGUACGCACGACCCCACGUCAUGUCCCCCACCAAUCGAAACCACCCCUUCUUUGUGUCCCUCAACCCUGCAGACCCCCUGCUGGCCUAUCACAUGCCCAGCUUGUACAAUGCUGACCCGGCCAUGCGGGAACGUGAGCUACGAGAGCGGGAGAUGCGUGAGAGGGAGAUCCGUGAGAGGGAACUGAGGGAAAGGAUGAAACCUGGUUUUGAGGUUAAGCCUCCAGAGAUGGACACACUCCACCCUUCCACAAACCCCAUGGAGCACUUUGCCCGGCAUGGGGCUAUCACGUUGCCCCCCAUGGCCGGUCCUCACCAUUUCGCCGCCUUCCAUCCCGGCCUGAACCCAUUAGAGCGUGAGCGGUUGGCCCUUGCUGGGCCCCAGCUGCGGCCAGAAAUGAGCUACCCAGAGAGGUUGGCUGCAGAGAGACUCCAUGCUGAGAGGAUGGCCACAGUUGCCAAUGACCCCAUUGCCCGUCUACAGAUGUUCAAUGUCACGCCGCACCACCACCAGCACUCACAUAUUCACUCCCAUCUCCACCUCCACCAGCAAGAUCCUCUUCACCAAGGUGGUGGUGAAUGUCUUGUGUGUCCUCCAGGUUCGGGGGGCCACCCCCUGGCAGUAGAUCCCCUGGCAGCUGGACCUCACCUGGCCCGCUUCCCUUACCCGCCCGGCGCCAUCCCCAACCCUCUCCUCGGCCAGCAGCCGCAUGAACACGAGAUGCUGCGCCACCCAGUCUUCGGUACCCCCUACCCACGGGAUCUACCAGGAGGUUUGCCACCACCCAUGUCCGCAGCACACCAGCUGCAGGCCAUGCAUGCCCAGUCAGCUGAGCUCCAGAGGCUGGCCAUGGAGCAGCAGUGGCUUCACGGACACCAUCACAUGCACGGAGGACCACUGCCUGGCCAGGAGGACUACUACAGCCGGCUGAAGAAGGAGAGUGACAAGCAGCUGUAACCAGUCAAGGGAAGCAGCGACUGACAGGUGCAGGACACGGGAAGUUGUUACAGAGUUGUUACAUUCAGUUUUGAAGAACGGAAAAGGCCAAGUGGAUCGUCUGAGAAUUCCUCUGAUAUUUGGUUUCUGUUCCUGUCAAAGACUUUUUUUUUUAAUUAUUAUUUUUUCAAGACAUUGACUUUCUUUGGUAUAUAGCCAGUAGUGACAACGUCCUCAAGACUCCUGCAUGACAAGCUUCCCUGACGUUUUUUUGUAGGUGCUAGAACAAGACACUGUGCUUAUCAACAAAAAGAAAAAAAGACAAGACCGGUCAGGCCGUUUAUGGAAAAAUAACAAGUGCUAUCUUAAAUUCAACAUUUAUUUUAAUACAUUGUUGGAGGUUUUUCAUAAUUUUAAGAAAAGCUACAGCAUGGCGUUUUUGAGUCUGUAAAUAGUAUAUAUAAACAUAUAAUUAUUAUUAUAAUUAUUAUUAUUACUAGGUGUGGACUCCAAACCAAGUCGUUUCAACCUCCAAUAUAAUUGUUUUGAAGCAUUAUCCCUUGUUUCAGAGGGGAGCACCAUGGCAUUAUUUGAGCAGUUUCUGAGAGAGUUGUGGUUCAGUUGUGACGUUCCUCUGACAUCACUGUGUUACAUUUAGUCCCACAUACACUAUGUAAACCAUAAAAACUGUCACACCCACAUCCAUUCAUCACACACCUUUAACACACAGGAGGUUGUCAGAAUGUGUAAACUCAACGUGUUGAGUUAAUGAUUUGAAACACUUGAAGAGGUGACACAGUAGUCACUGAAGCUUCUGUGGAGUGCACACAUGGAUUAAAAAGAAAAAAAAAACAUUUGCACUGAGAGUAUCCUUGAGCUCCACUCACCUGGUUUUAUCCUUUUUGCUUAAAAUCAGUAUUUAAGUCUACAAAAUGGAGUAAUACUUCAUUAUUUUUUUGUUUUUACAGAGAAUGAUUUUAAUAAUGAUUUUAAAAAUGUGGACACCAGAAACAUAUUUGGCUGAACUGAAGAAGAGUUAAAAUUGCUUCGAGGUUCUUUUAAAUUAUGGGGACCUGAAUUGUUCACUGUAACAGGAGCUUAACAGGACUUUAGGAUUGUUUUAAAUGCGUGAAUGGUUGUGUGUCGGUGCUAGUUGUGUUGUGGUGUCCCCUUUCUUUACCUGGUCCGGUCAACCACGUUUGUUGCAGGGCUCAUAUCCGACUGAGUCAUCCUCCAACUAGGCUGUAAUAAUGUUCACUGUGACACUAGAGGGGGGGGCCUGCCGACACGUGACGACCAGGAGAUAGAGGGUCGACGAGUGUGUGUGAAUGUGUGUGUGUUUUCCUCAAGAUGUUUUCGUAUGCCUUGGUUCCUUAGGGAUACACACAGCCUCCUGGGCCUCAGGAGUGGUGUGUUUGUUUGUGCCACUGACUGUUACAAGUCGUGUUGACCUGUCAUACCAGUGCACAUGAGCCCAAGUUUUUCUUUUUGUUUAUUGAAAUAGUUUUUUUUUUUUUAUUGUAGCCAUGACAUGAGUUUUGCAUUUGUUCCAUGCACUAAGACUGUUUGACUGUCAUGGACAUUAAUAAAACUGUGGCUUUUUUUUUUCUUUUCUUUUCUUUUAACCAAAUGAAGAAACUGUACUUGCAUUUAAAAGUGACCAUAUCUACCCAUGGAGCACUAUAAUUUACAUUUAAACGCUUGCAGUCAUCAUCAAACUCAUGUCCCCUUUUUAAAAAUCCAAAACAGUCUUUGAAUCCCUUACAAGAACCUGUCACUCUGUCUCGCCAUCUCCCACCAAUUCCUGUCUCUCUCCUGACGACGAGCUUCUCAUCAUCAUCUUUGCCUCGUUUCCUGACGAUUCCCUUGCCUUUUACUCCCUCUUUUUGUGUCUCCAAAACCUUUGAUGUUAAGUGUUGUCAAUGGUUUAGCUUCUUGUUUCAAAGCGGCAAUAGCAGAAUGUAAAUUCUGACUGCUAAGAUUUAUAUAUAUACUGGUAUCUUGAAGCUUAUUGUAUAUAUGAGUAGUCGCCAUGGGAUGACACAAUGUAAACAAAAAGUAGAAAUAAUAAGAAAAAUUGUGAGUCCUGUGUUCUCUCCAUUUGAGUAUUUUGUAAUUUUUUUGAAAAAUUUGUGGAAUUAAAAUAAACGACUAAGUUACACCACAA